UGAUGGAGAAGGGCUCCUCGGUCCCUUGGCAAGACGUACUGCAGGAGGCGACGGGCGAGGCACGGCUCGACCCAUCCGCUCUCAGGGAAUACUUUCGACCCCUGGAAGACUGGCUGAGAACGGAGAACCUCAGAAGGAACGAGCUCGUUGGCUGGACGUACGAUGGUGACUAUUGUAAGCGCAGCAUCGAAACAGUGGGUCUACAAGUCUACGGUAGCGGCUUUUACAACGGCGCCGUAACUCUCGGAGCAUCGCUAAUACCGAGUCUCCUGGGCUUGCUCUUGUUUGCCUUUUAACCAGCUUCAAACGCACAUGAUAACAGAUACCGCACAAAGGCUCACUGCUACAAAGAAGAAAAUCAUGUUACUUUCUUAUUAUCGUCCACCUUCCCCUCAUCGCUCAUACUCCAUCGCGCGACCCGCCCGUCCCCUCUCCCACGGUCUCUCGUUGCUUUAUUCCAGUUCGCCUACCCGCCAAAAACGGAGGGAGUCGAACGUGAAAGGAGACGAAGAGACACGCAGAAGCAUCUUCUCCGGGCAGAUAAAAGGAUCGCGUACGAAUAAUGGGCUCCAUUAUCCCUCGACUCGUCCAUUAUCGAGACGUCAAGCCGAACGAGCGCAUUGACGCAUCGCUGAUUUCACAUUUCGUUUCUCCUUCUUAUUGCCAAUCCGUGUAGCACUUUAUGCAUGAGAAUUACGUGGGGCAAGACAAAAAGGGGAUUUCUCAGACGGAGCAGUGGAAUGCGGAACGAGUGCGCGAUGUGGAUCGUGACAUUAGACGGUAGUUCUGUCGCAAGAAGCCUAUCAACCAACACGUGUGUCAUUAGAUUUGCAGUGCAUGUGGCGCGCAGCUGGUGCACGAUUACACCCCCC